CGGUGGGGACGUCCUUCCUUUGUCCCCGCCCCGGACGACGACGAUUGGCUGUGACGCGCAGAGGCGCCUCACCCAUUGGCUAAGCGCAGAGUCCGUCCAGAUUGGGGGCCGCCGCCAUGGUUCGCUUCAAGAACAGGUACGUGCUGUGCGAGGUGGUCUCGGAGGACCCGCGGUGCCGGCAGUGCAUCGAGGAGCGCGCAGUGGGCCUCGCCGUCAGGGACGCCAUCGGACGCGUGCACGGGGACUACGGCCUGGCCUGCUGCUCCAUCUCCUUCACAGUGAAGUACCUGAACGCUUACACCGGGACCGUGCUCCUGCGGUGCCGCAAGGACUCCUACAGACUGCUGUGCUCCGCCCUCCCCUUCGUGAGGCAGCUGGAGAGCCGGGCCCAGCGCUACCCCUGCUUCCUCAACACCCUGCACAUCGGAGGUACUAUAAGAACGUGUCAGAAAUUUCUAAUUCAGUAUAAUAGAAGACAGCUGCUGAUGUUGUUGCAAAACUGUACAAAUGAAGAAAUUGAGGACAUCCUAUCAUAUGUGAAGAAAUCAACUAACGACUCUCUGUUGCUCUCUCUAUUGCAGAGGAAAGACAGUGUAUACAAAAGUCCUUGCUGAGCUGUUCCAUUACAGAAGAGCAGUCUCACAGUGGAGAUGAGGAAGAUGAUGAUGGCACAGAGACAGACUGAACAUUACUAGUUACUGUUCAUCUGUCCUGUAUUGUAUAAUCAAGAUGUUACCAAUUAUCUUCAGUGUUAAGUAAAGUGGGGACAGAAAAAGCAUCUGUUCAUUCCCCUAUUCCAAGUGUUCUUAAAUAAAUUUUUUUUUUAAAAAUGUAAGUUUUACUUAAGUAGGUUACUUGCCUGUUUUACUCCAGGAGUCAAAACCACCUGCACUCCUAAGGAGUAUAGCAGCUCAGUGUGAUCUUCGUGCUGAGGUAGAAGUGAGCUUUAGGCAGUUGGCACAGACAAGGAAUGUAGUUAUUCUCCUUCAGUACAGAAAAAGCGUUAACAUCUCUGGUUUUUACCCUAUCUUCAAGUGCACCUGUUACCCACAGGGCUAUCCAUUCUUUUGAGCCACAAAAGCACCAGUUGUGUACUGAGGAGCAGAGAUUACAGGGAAUGCAAGGCAGAACUGUAAGA